AUGUUUGGAUGGUGGAAGCGACGUCAGAGGAUUCGCAUUACAAUGUCUGGACACCAUGAGAAUGAUGAACCAGUAGAACUUCACGACCAGCAACUUGAGUUUUAUGAACACCGAUUCACAGAACAUGUGGGGGAGGGUGAGACGUACAGACAGAAUAUUAACGUGUCGGAGAACGCCACCACUCCUAGAGUUCUUCCUGUGUUGGCCCUCAAUGAGGUUUUUAUAGGAGAGUGCCUAUCUGCCAGAGUUUCUUACUAUGAAAUAAAUGUAGAUGAUCACCCGAGUGAGAAGCACAAGAGUUCCGGUAUAGCGGUCUGUACUGGGACUGGGUCCAGUUCCUGGUUUUACCACAUAAAUAACCUCCCUCAACAGGCCAUAGAGACAAUACUAGGAUACGCCAAUGAGUUGAUGCCAGACAGACAUAUGAAUUUGUUGGAUCCAAACCUCAUUUACAAAGUUACUCAAAAAUACAAUGACUCUCUAAAGUUUGACCCUAGUGAACCCAAAAUGGCUUUCACAACCCGGGACCCUGUCCGUAAUGGUGUCUUUCAAGUGCAGCACCCAAAAGGGUUUGCUACAAAAAUUCAGAUCUGUUCUCGGAUGUGGGACGCUUGUUUGGUGGUGGAUGGUGGCUCCUCCUUUAAGUUUAAUGACGGAGCCAUCGCAACAUUGGAGAUCAAAGAGGAGGACUCCCUCAAGACGGUCGUGUUCGACUGAAUUGUUAUCUGUGAUAACAUUAUCUUAUUCUCGUAUGACUCUGUACACACUUGGUUCCAGUUCCACCUGUAUAUGGCAUUACUCAUCAUAAUAAUCAAUUCUUUUUAAAGACCAGGUCUUAUUUCAAUUUUACUCAGGUUUAUGUGUUGUAUUGAAUAUGCUCUGUUGAAGAUACUUGUAUAUGUUUAUAUAUUUGUUAUACAUGUAUAAACUUUUUUACCUACGAAAAUGGAUAUUAUCUAAAAACUUUUUACAUAAGAAAAUGGAUAUUAUCUACAUGUCCUUUUAAAAAAUACCUGAAGUGGAAAUUUAAGUAUUUUUGUACUAAGAUGUCCAUGGCUUCUGAUUGGUAGAGCUUAUUUGACUUCAACAGAAUUUUGUAUGAUCAGUCACUGAGCUAGACUCCUCCCAAGCACAUCAUAAUUUAUCAUUAGAGAUUUUGUUUGCUAUUAUCUUAUAGACAUUAAUCCCAGUUGAAUUGAAUGGCUUUAUAACAAGAAACAAACUGUGAAUUGAAAUAUAUCCAAUUUUUUGAUCACUUAAAAAAAAGAAGAAUCAUUUUAUUUGUUUGGAGACCACCUGUCUGGAGUUUGUAAGGCAUUGUAUGACCUCGUUCUGUCCAUUUCAUAUUAUUCUCAUGUAAAUGUAUUACAUUCAGUUGAUGCAAUUUGCUUAUCUUGGCUAUACAAAUUCAGAAAGAGUUCUAUUGUAUUUGAAUGACAAUUGCUCUUGAACAAAUAUUUUAAGCUCACCUGAGCUAAAGGCUUAUAGUAGCUUGCUUUUCAUGAUCUUAAUUUGUUAAGUUGUCUUGUCGUAAUUAAUUUUUCACAUUUCCAUCUUCUUCUGCAAAACAUACUUGCCACAGCGUAUCACCCUUAGUUGAAGGGAACUCAAGUUUGUCCAAAUGAAGUUCCACACCCUCUUUCAAGGGGAAAUAAUUGUGAAAAUUUAAUGGCAUCUUUAAAAGAUCUCCUCCAGAAUCAAUGGUCUAGAAAAUGAAAUAUAUAGAUAAAGCCUUACAGAGUGUAGAUUCAAGUAUGUUCAAAUUGUGCCUCUCCCCCCAGGGUUAGGAUGGGGCCACAUCAGGUAAUCAAAGUUUAUUAUGUUAUUUAUAUGGAAAAAGGAUAUUUUAAAUUUUUCUUCUCAAAAACAGCAAAGCAAUAAAUGUCAUAUUUAAACUAAAGCAUCCUCAGAUUAUGCAGAUUCAAGUUUAUUCAAAUCAUCCCCCCACUCUAGUUUAAGUGAGAAAUAUAUACAUGAAUAGGAAACAUUUGCUGAAAAUGUUCUCAAGAAUAAAAAAUCCAAGAUUAGUUGCAUUUAUACAUUAGCAUUGUCAGGCAGCAAAAAUUGAAUUUUUUUUUAUCAUAUCCCCUGGGGAUAGAAUGGACUCACAAUAUUUGAUCAGUUUUACACAGGGAUAUAUGGGGAGAUCUGAUGGAAAAACAACAGAAUGAUAGAGGCUAGGGUGAGCAUUGUGGUCUUUGGGCCUAUAGCUUAUAAAAUUUAGUUGCUUUUGAUGGAGAGUAGUUGGAGGACGAUUAAAAUUUAAUGGAAUCUCUCCAGUUUUGUUUCUUGUUCACUUUAAAGUCUAGGAUCUUGGAACUCUCAAAUAUUCUUGUAAAUGGGACUUUAUUUUAUCGUUAUUUAUAAAGGUAAUGUUAUGAUAUCUCAUAUGCUGCCAUACAUAGAUGGAACAUUGAACAAUCAAAUGUUUUAAUUUUUGAAAUCUCAAUGAGAAUAUAUGUAUUAAAGUGAAUUCAUGAAGUGCC